UCGGAGGCUGGUCCACUGGAUGACAUCUUGGUGUCCUAUCGGCUUCUUGUGGACCCCGCUGCCAGAAGUUGAAAGGUCAAAUUCCAAUGUGGCUGAGGUACUUGUUUCUCUCCACGUGUCACGUGCUCGUUGGUGGAAGAUGGCAAGAGACUCACAUCUACCGUCUGGAGAGAGAUUUGCUGUCCAACUACAGCCCGACAGUCAGACCAGUGUUGGAUGUCACAUCAACAAUCAACGUUUCAGUAACCUUAUAUAUAAUGAGCAUAUACGAGAUUGACGAAAUGUCCCAGAGUAUGGCUCAGAACUCCUACAUGUCAUUCAAGUGGAUUGACGAAUUCCUGCAGUGGGAUCCCGAUGAGUAUGGAGGUCUACAGUCUACAGAACUUCCCACUAGUAAGAUAUGGCUGCCGUUUACAGAAGUCGUAAACUCUGUAUCUGGUUCUUGGGUUAUCUCCCCUGGUGACGCAGGGAAGGUCAUCGCGAGGGCUACCGGUCACGUGACGUGGGUUUAUCAAGAUGUGUGGAAAACAUUGUGUCCUAUGGACAUCACCUACUUUCCCUUUGACUCCCAGCAGUGCACUUUCCGAGUAAACAUGUGGACAGCUACUAAGUCAGAGGUACAGUUUAGUGAGGGACAAGCUGCACAGGACGACAUGUCCAUUGAAAGCGCAGAAUGGAUACUUCAGUCUCUCAGUCCAGCAGUGAAAGAAAUAAUUUUUAACAACGAGACUUUUUCCUCUUUCGAAGUUAGCUUUAAAGUGCAAAGGAGAAGAGUGUUUCACACCCUGACUCUCAUCGUCCCCAAUGUUAUACUGGCGUUGCUGGCGUCCAUGGUGUUCAUCCUUCCAGCCGAGUCCGGGGAGAAGAUGUCGUUUAUAAUGGGGCUGCUGCUCACUACUGGUGUCCACAUGACAGUGCUAAUGGAUGUCGUGCCGAGUUCUUCACUGAACAUCUCCUAUCUAAUGAUUUACAUUACUGCACUGAGGUAAAACUUACAAACUAGUACA